CACGACACAAGCUUUUCGCCUUACCUGGGACAAACAUGAAUACGAACAGCGUGCACGAGCUCGUGCUCGUCGUGAACAACAGCUAGAAGAGGAGGAAGAGCAAAGAUGUAAAGGUCUAAAACCAGGAUAUUAUUUGUCAAUCAUUUGGAUCACGUUAAUGGAAAAAAACGUGAGUAUACGUGAGAGCUUAUUUGAUGUGGAUUUGGCGUUUUAUUAUGUUCUUGCAAUUGAUCAAAGAGCACUAGGCCUAACUAUGAAAGUAGAGCGUAGUACAUUGGAUCAAGUACAAAACGACUGGUUCGUCUAA